CAAGCUCUAAGUGAUGGAAAAUUGGAAAUAUACAAUUUCUUAGCCAGGAAUGAGAUUGGUUUUUGUUAGAGGGCUUCUUGCUGAAACAGAUGCCCAUUUUUCCAUCAUUUCCCGCCGUUCAUCAACCGUCUCCAACUGCUUACAAACCUUAAAUCCGUCCCUUCGAAAACCCAAAUCAUCUCAAGCAGAAACCAUCCUCACCGUCGAUUUCUUUGGUCGAAUAUUGGACGAAUAUCCUACUAUCCAAACGCUGAAAAAACUCCAUUCACAGAUCCUCAUUCGCGAUCUCUAUUCAAAUCCAUCUCUUGCAAUCAAGCUCAUGAGAGCUUAUGCAGCUUGCGGAGAUACAACAUUCACUCGUCAGGUGUUCGAUGAAAUUCCUGAGAGAAAUGUCGUAUUCUUCAACGUUAUGAUCCGAAGCUACGUUAACAACCAACUCUAUCAAGAUGCUCUUUUCGUUUACACAAGCAUGGUGGGUCAUGGGGUAAAAUCCGAUCACUACACUUUCCCUUGCAUUCUCAAAGCUUGUUCCGGUUCCGAGAAUUUGCGUGUAGGCCUGCAAAUUCAUGGUGCUGUUAUAAGAGUCGGGCUCGACUCGAAUUUGUUCGUCGGAAAUGGUCUUGUUGCAAUGUAUGGGAAAUGCAAUUGCUUAUCCGAUGCUCGCCAGGUAUUCGCUGGAAUGCCCCAUAGAGAUGUUGUUAGUUGGAAUACGAUGGUUGCGGGCUAUGCUCAGAAUGGCAGGUUCGAUGAGGCGCUGGAGCUCUGCAAGGAAAUGGAGUCGAAUAGGCUUAAACCCGAUGCGGGUACGAUGGCGAGCAUCUUGCCGGCAGUGACGGAUACGGAAUUUGUCAACGUCCUCUUCAUGCGGAAGAUGUUUGAUGAAAUGGCCUGCAAAGGUUUGGUUCCUUGGAAUGCCAUGAUCGCAAUUUAUGUAAAUAAUUCAAUGGUGGCUGAGGCGGUGCAACUCUUCUUGCAGAUGGAAGCUGAACAGGUAGAGCCUGAUGCAGUUACUCUGGCCAGCAUUCUUCCUGCUUGUGGGGAUCUAUCAGCUCUUGCACUGGGAAAACGCAUUCACGAAUACAUCAUCAGAAAGAGGAUUGGUUCGAAUCUAUUCUUGGAAAAUGCAUUGGUCGACAUGUAUGCUAAAUGCGGAUGUCUGGAUGCUGCAAGAGAAGUUUUUGAUUGUAUGCGAGGGCGAGACGUUGUGUCUUGGACUGCAAUGAUAUCAGCAUAUGGCACUCAUGGACAUGGUCAAGAGUCCAUCACUCUCUUCUCAAAAAUGCAGGAAUCAGGCCUAAUACCGGAUCACAUAGUAUUCGUUUCAAUCCUGUCAGCUUGUAGCCAUGCAGGUCUACUUAAAGAAGGACGAUAUUUCUUUAAGCUCAUGACUGACGAGUAUCAGUUAGUUCCGCGGAUAGAGCACUAUGCUUGCAUGGUUGAUCUACUAGGACGGGCGGGACAGAUGGGAGAGGCAUACGAUUUCAUUAAACAAAUGCCUAUAGAACCAAAUGAGAGAGUGUGGGGUGCUCUCUUAGGCGCUUCCCGGGUUUACUCCAAUAUGGCUAUUGGGCUAGUAGCUGCAGAUCACUUGUUUAAGCUGGUUCCCGAGCAGGCUGCUUAUUACGUUUUGUUAUCUAACAUCUAUGCAAAAGCUGGCAGAUGGGAUGACGUUACAUCCGUGCGGAGCAUCAUGAAAAGCAGAGGGAUCAAGAAAUUGCCUGGGUGUAGCAAUGUCGAGCUUGACAACCAAGUGCAUACAUUUCUUGUUGGCGAUAGAUCUCAUCCACAGUCGAAGGAGAUUUACGCAAAGUUGGAUUUCUUGGUUGGGAAGAUGAAGGAGGUUGGAUAUGUUGCCGAGACAGAUUCAGCUCUUCACGAUGUGGAAGAGGAAGAUAAGGAAGGCCAUCUUGUUGUCCACAGUGAGAAGCUCGCUAUUGCUUUCGUGCUCAUAAAUACCAAGCACGGCACACCUAUCAGAAUAACAAAGAACCUCCGGGUGUGCGGGGAUUGCCAUCACGCUGCCAAGCUUAUCUCCAUGAUCACUAAACGCAAAAUCAUCCUUAGGGAUACGAAUCGGUUUCAUCAUUUUGAGAAUGGGGUGUGCUCAUGUGGGGGCUAUUGGUAACUGAUGCUCUUUUUGGCACAA